CACACACACACACACACACAAGUACGCUACACAAGCUGCAAAGGUUGAGAAUUUGUGAUACAUUGCUUCUUUCAAAUUUCGCAUGGUUCUAAUUGUGCACCGCUUCGAUCAGUUAUGUGCUAUUGCUAUUGUUUUUGUUGUCAUUGACGUGCUGGCGGUGCAUCUAAACAUCCUAUUUAUUGCUCUCCGGCUGUGACAGCUGCUUUGCUAAGCGUGCUGCUUCUGUUAUUGUGUAGCUUGGCAUUGCAUCUCAGCUGCCGCUGUCGCUGCUACUAGCAAUAACAACAAUAGCAGCAACUGGUUAGAGUUGAAGGUGGCAGCUGUUGCAUUCACCGGAGUUUUGUGCUGCAGAAAACAGUCUGCCUGCAGUCGUUGCGCUUGCAACAGCGUUGUGAACGGAAAAUGUGUCGAAUAAUUGUCGAAGAAGUGUAUUGAAAAUAUGUGUCUAAUAUUUGCGUGUAUCUAAAAUUUAUUUAUGCCAAAGCACAACAACAAGACUAACAACAUUAACCAGCGCAGCAGCAGUAAGACAACACGCCAACAACACAACAACAACAAAGUGUUGCCAACAGCCGACUAAUUAACAUGCAACGAGUGUGAGCAACGUGCGCGAAUACUAAAAAAAAACAAUAAAACAAAAGCAAAGAAAAGGAGAGAACGCAAUACAACAACACAAACAAAAAACGGCAAGUGUACAUUGCAGAUCGUUAACAACCGCUUGCGAAAAAGUUGCAGUGAGUCAAUUCGAGAGAAAUAAAAACAAGAAAAGACUUGGCAACAACAACAACAACAUUGGCAACAACAACAACAACAUUGCCAACAACAUAGGGAAGACAGCAUUUUUUGUUGCGAAGCAACGUUUGACGGCGGGCAACAGCAUGUGCCGCGAUAAAACGUGAAUGCACAAUGAAAUGAGCUGUGAGCAAGCAACGUGCAACGUGCGGCAAGCGAUAAAGGAUUGACAAACAAAGUAUCUGCUACAAAAUCGGCGGCGGCAACAAGGAAACAACAAUUUAUACAACAAAAUUCAUUAGCGGCCUGCGCAGAGUGACAACAUUCACACCAGCACUUGCAACAAGACAACGAACAAAAAGGAACGCAAGCAACAACAUAUAGCAAAAAAAAAACUUUUAUUGGAUAUCGCCACUGUGACUGCACCCUUUUAAAGUUUCCAGCCGAAUUGACAGCCGCUGAUAGUCGCCGUUUAGCCGACAGGCAUACAUAAGCACCGUCGCCAACAACAACAGUAUACCACAAUUGAAAACGCAAUCCUCAGCACAACGCCGUUAUCCCAGCGUUUUUGGACUCCCGACUGUGGCAAUCGCGAAAUUUGCGCUGUUGGCACAAAAUAUAUACAGUUAUUUAUAUUUAUUGUGUAUUGUAGUUUAUGCGCGUGUUGUUGUUGUUUUAACUUGCGGCAGUGUUUGCCUGCAUCGGUCGUCGUUUGGCGGUUGUCGGCGCGGCUAGGUCGCCAUCCAUCCAUCGCUCCGUUGGUGCUAAUUAAGCUGCAGCGAAUUUUUGUUUAUGUCGCUGGUGAUAUUUCUUGCAGAUGAUGCUGAUUGCUGGCAAUUAAAGCGGCGGAAAAUUGAAAUAACAAGCUAAUUGAAAAUGAAGUAAAAAAUUACAAAAAAAAAAAUAAGUCAAGUUAACCAACAAAGUGGCUGGGAGAAUAUUGAUAUUCCUAUUUUCUGUGUAAAGUGUGUAGUAUAUUUAUAUAAGCAACAGUGGUGGCGAAAGUGUUAUAAAUGAUAGCUGAAAUACAACAAAAACAAACAAAAAACGAGCGAAGAUAAUUACAACAAUUAAAAAAAAGGAGAAAUAAGAACAUUAAUUAAGUAAUUGUUGUCACCGCCGCUUCAGUUGAAAUAAUAAAUAGUAUUGUAUGUCAGGCGGCACAAAAGAGCAGCUGGAAUCGCUGAUAACAAUUGAACAAAAGCAAGAACGAAUUUCACAUCCACAGCAGCAAAUAUUGCAGCAAUAUCGUCUCCAUUGAAUUGCACCUUUUGCUGCAACAAUAGCAAAUACAAACGACACCAAACAUGUCGGUGGUGAUGCGCAAUGCACCGCGUCUCUUUGGCGAAGAAAAUGGUCGUCUGCCACAAUUGUAUGCCGGCAAUACGGCUGUGGCGUCUGCCGCUGCCGUGGCGAAUGUGCGCAACUGCAAUUGCUGUCCGUACGGUUACCACAUCGAUUUGGAUUUUGUGCGCUACUGUGAAUCGCUGGCCAAUGCCAAGCCAUCAGAGGAGGAGUUGCAGCGGCGCAGUCGACGGCGCUCGCGCAAAUCUAUGGAAUUCAUGCUGGGUUUGGACGCAAUGUUCGAGCAAUGGGAUGCCGCUGCACGGGUGCAGGCAGUGCCAGAGGUGCCGUACGAAAGUGACUCACCCGAUUCACCACGCCCGCUGCCGCUACCCAUACCACCUACGCCCACGUCCGCCUCACACCCCACCUUUUGCACAUCUACGCCGCGUCCGCGCUCCUCCUCGGUGCCGCGCUACAACUACGAUAGCAGCAGCAGUGCGCCCCGCGCUGAAUCGCCCUACGGCACAGCUUCGUCAACAUGUUCAUCCGUGCGCGGUGCAGAGAGUGACGCGCCCUACAGCAUACUACGUCAGCGUUACAAAGAGCAUCAAUCACGACGUGAUGCGCCCGAAACGCGCGCCUUCCUGCGUGAAGCGCUCGACGAGGUGUGCAGCGACUUUGAGCGUACGCUGGAGCGCACAUCGUUGCGGCGCAAGAAGGCGGUAAGCUGUAACGAGCGUGAUGGCAGUUUUAGUGGUGGGGGUGGUAUUGGUGGCAAUGCUGGCACGUUGAAUGGUCAAUUAUACGGUUAUGGCGUGGCGAGCGAUCGCAACAACAAUCAUCAGCCGACAUAUGCAAUGAAGACGGAUUUGCCGCCGACAAAAUUGGGCACCGCAAGUUGGCUGCGUGAUAAUUUCACGCGAAAUGGCUACAACUGUAAUGGCAAGCGUUUGUGCUAUGCCUGGGAGCGGCCUGUCGAACAGUCUCUUGAUUCCUGUGUAUCUAGCAAUAAGUCGCCGCGCACGACGCGCUAUCUAGCCAAGGCCGCCGCCGCGUUACCCGUGCAUCAGAAGCUUUCACCUGCCGAGCAGCAAUAUGAGUCAUAUGUGCAGGCGACAGUAGCGGCAAAUGCUAAAUCACCGGUGGAACAGCUGGUGCCACCACCACCACCACCGCGUCGGCAUGUACCACAGCCACGUAAGCUGUUGAGUCCAAGCAAUGGUGAAUCGGAACCUACAGACGUAGAUGAGAUCGAUAGAAAGCCACAGCAGUCAGAUAAUGCGGCACCGGCAAGUGAAACUGUAGCUGUAGCGCCUGUUGUCUUACCUGCAACUUCGAAUGGCGCCGAUACAAGCGCUGCGGCUGACGCUCAAACAUUGUUUAGCAUACGCGAGCAGAUGGCACUGAGUUUAAAGAGAAUGAAAGAUUUGGAAGAGCAAGUCAAAUCUAUACCGGAACUUCAAAAUGAACUGACGCAGCUGCGUGAUGAGAAGCAGCGUUUGCAACAAUCUCUUCAGCGGAAAGAAGAUGAGCUGAUGCGUGCACGUGAACCGCCGCAAACCUCGUCCUCGCCGAGUCCGGUCACAAGUAUGAAAAAUGGUUCACCGGUACAGUUUACGCCACAACGCAUUAGCCCAGUUUCUUUGGAAAGCUUGGGAUCCCGAUUGCGCGCCAACUCAAGCAGUUCGGAGCGACAGUUGCGCACACCAUCUACACUUAAACGCGAUGUGGGUACUAUGUGCGGGCUGCAUACAAAACGUGAUGUUGCAGUCGGCAGCCCAGUGCACAUGGUGCGCAGCGUGGGUACGAGCCCUGCACAGCAGUUAAACAGCAUCACUGAAACACUUUACUCGCAAUGGGAAAUGGAAGAGCAUACGCAAGUAGCAAUCACGCGUUACGAAGAAGAACGCGCACUUCAGCAGCUUAAGAAGGUGACACAUAUCGGCACGCAAAUGCAAGCACCACACAGUGUUGAUAGGGGUGCGCAAACCACAGCAGAGCCGAAGGUACUUAAGAGCUCAGUGAGCGUUAUGGUGAGCCCAGCAACAAGGGAUGCUUAUGUUAAUUGUCGUCCUGAAAUGCGCUCCACAGCUUGUUCAGAGGACAAUAUUCUGGAUCCCUUGUGUGAGAAAUGUAAUAUCGUGAAACAUAGCAUUGCCUGCAGCACCGAAGACCCCGGCUUCAUUAAAGUAAAAUCAGUUUCAUUGAAACUACUCGAUUCACCUGAGUUUUUACGUAGCAAGACAUUCUCAUUAGGCGAACAUGAUCGACUCGGGCGUAUACGAAAGACCACAGGCACGCAAUACACGCCAGUCUCCGUAAAUAGCGCCGGCUGCCAAACCGCAACCACAUAUGUACACGCCGUCGGUGUACAAUGCAUGCCCGAACAGCGUCAUGCUAGCGUACAAAGUGAGGUGGCGCGCGACACGCGUUGUACAGACACACGUGAUUUAAUACGGCUUUGUACAACACAAACUAGUACCGAAGAGUACAUACCGCCACCAAUUGUCAUUGAAGAGCCACCUACAAAAGAAGAAAUACCCGCGCCACCUAAACUAAUAACGCGAUCAACUGCCAGCAAUACGGACAAACCACGUACCGUAGAUUACGGCAUAAAUACAUUACCCCCUGCGCCCAUACGUCAUACCGCAGCCAACACAGAUUCAGUGCGAAAACGGGACAUUGGUUGCGGCGACGUUGUCAAGCCACAUAUUUCCAUUGCUUGCGCGGAUAAUUACUGUGAUUCCUGCAAGGAUGCAAUUAAAAAUUUGGCCAAAGACUUCUCGAAAGUGUUGUCGCCUCAAUCACCACCAUCUCCACGGCUGCGUCCACCAGCACCUAUACGAAGCGCAUCCAUGGAUUCGCGCAUACCGCUGCGUAAAAACGUACCACCUAGCCCCAGUCCAGUACGACGCACUUUUCAACGGCAGAACACAUAUACAAUAACAACAACGCCGGAAAAACAGACAACAAAGCCAACACAGAGUUCGUUAACCGAGAAACCGCCAUCAGUUUCCCACUUUCUACCAGCGGAGUCAGCCAGUGAAACGCAGAGUUUCAUAACCGAGCCUAAAUCUACUGCGCCUAACGUUGGUGCCAAGGUUACGCCUACUACAGCAAAUGCAUCCCUAACUGCCCCUUCCUCAGCUGCAAAUUCGCGUCGAGCAUCCGAUGCCAGUCAAAAGAACGCUGAACCGCUUGACGAUAGUAAAGUGGAUGAGACUACACCACUACAACCGAGUCUCGAUGGAAUAAUUGUGCGUGAGCAGAAACGUGUGAGUGUCAGCUGGUCGCGCGAUGCAUCACCAGCGCCGCUUAAAGAUGGCGCUUCGCCAUAUCGUUCCUUGGAGAGUUCUUUCAACGAAAAGCUCAGGGAGUCCACAUUGGAAACAGCAGCGGGAGUGUUGGCUGAGGAGAGCGAAGCAAAGGAGGAAACUGGAAUAGAAGUUGAUAUGUCAAAGGGCGCACGCCGCAAGACAACAACACAGAAAUCUAGUCAUAUCUCAAGAAAGCAAGUGGGUACUGCGGAGAAGACAGUAACAACGAAAAAUGAGUCGCAGACAGAUAAGACCGAAGUGCAGGAACGUCCACCAUCGAAAGAGUUGCUGCAAAAAUUGGCAAUGGUUGAGGCGGAGCCACGACAAAAAUUCGUUCCGCCUGCCGAAAUGCUGAAUGCUUUGAAGACCAUCAAUAACUCGCUGUUGAAGAAAAUCGAUGCCAAGUCUCUGUCGGCGGUUAGCUUAAAAUCAUCCAAAUUGGUGAUACAACAAGAAUGGUUUCGUAUCUCUAGCACCGAGAAAGCAAAUCCACAUGAAGUGGAGGACUAUUUAGACUGUUUUGAGGAAAUGUCGGUGGCGCUGUUGGAGUACUGUGUUAAUAUGGUGGACGCUAAUGGCAAUACUGCAAUGCAUUAUGCGGUCUCGCAUGGCAAUUUUGACGUAGUAUCCAUUCUACUCGAUUCAAAGGUUUGCAAUGUAAAUCAAAUGAAUAACGCUGGAUACACUUGUGUGAUGCUCGUCUCAUUGGCAAAGCUUAAAAACGCUGCGCAUCGCACAGUCGUACAACGACUGUUCCAGAUGGCCGAUGUCAAUAUACGAGCCAAAAAGCACUGCCAGACCGCAUUGAUACUGGCUGUUUCCCAUGGUAAUAAAGAGAUGGCAGAGCUGCUGUUGGCCGCCGGCGCAGACAUCAACAUACAGGACGAGGACGGCAGCACAGCGCUGAUGUGUGCCGCCGACAAUGGACGCACGGACCUGGUUAAGCAUUUGUUGUCACAGCCCGAUUGCGAUUCGCUUUUAGUGGAUGUGGAUGGCGCUACGGCUUUCAAAAUUGCCUGGCAGGCUGGACAUCGGGACCUUGGCUUGUUGUUGUACGUGCACGAGCAAAUGCUGCGUAGCAAGCAGCCCCAUCGCGGAGACGCCACGCGCGUUUCGCUGGAGUUGCCUCGUGGCUCGAAACCCACUUAGUAUGGGUUGGGGAGGCAGUAGUAAAAUUCCCCAAGCUAGAUAAUGUAUUCUGUUUUUGGUGAGAAGUGAUUUAAUGGAAUCGAAAAAGUAAAUUUUUAACUAAAUUAUUGAAAAACAUUGAAAACGAUGCCAGCCAAAAAAAUUAACGAACAAAUUAGACAGUUUUUUCUUAAAAUUAGUAGUUUUGCUAUUAGAGUGGCAGUACACUGUAUUUAAAAUAUAUCACUUAGCCGGACACUGCAGCGUGCUGGCGCCAAAUGAAAUUACUUAGUAGUACUUUAAGUUAAGUUUAAAAUUCUCGAAGAAUUGUGCGGGUUUUACUAGAGAUUUUAUAAAAGCUUUUGAAAAGACAGCAGCAUAUCAAUCGUUAAUGCCAAUUUUUGACGAGCACUCACUAACAUUCCACUCAAGUUUUAUAGCGAAAUUUGCAAAAGAAAAAAUAUUUUAAACUAAAGAAACGAAUUCGCGAAAACGAAAUUAAUGCCAAGCUAUUAUUGGAAUUAAAAAAGUAACGGAGAAUGCUAAUAUUUGAACAAAAGAAGGAAAAUAAUGGAAAAUACACAAAAUAAUUUAUAUAAUUUUUUCUUUAUAUUAACAAAAGGAAGCACGAAUCUUAAACAUAAAUAAAUUUAUAUCAACUUUUAAAUAACUAUGCAGCAGUUUAUUUAUUUAUAAUAUACCAUUUAAAAUAAGUUAAAAAUUAUUAAUUUAAUUUCUAUAAUUGAUUUCUUAACUUUUAAGCGACUCGUGUAAGUUUCUCAAAACUUCAAUAAAAUAUAACAUUUCUAUGCUUAUAAAUAAUUACAUUUGUUAAAAAGUUACACAAAAUAAUCUUAACGGUAAAUUCCACCAAAAGUUGUUAGCAAAAAGCUAAUACUUACAUAAUAGAAACAUUUUAAUUGCAAUUUAAUUGUAUAGAAAACUUCGAAAAACACAACACUUUUUAACAAUCGCUAUUUACAACGGCACAUGAGUCAAUUUUCAACAACAAAAAAGGAACAGAUCUAAAAAGCACAGAAAUAAAAGUAGCAACAGCUUUUCCUUUAAAACUGA